AUGCCAGAGAAAGGGAAGAAGGUGCCGCAGGUUCUCGCGGCGGCCGGUGUUUCUGAUGCCGUCGAUGGGGGCGUGGCCACGUCCGAUGUAAACAAAACGAUUUUGACUGAGUUUUUCGACGCAGCGAAGACUGUGAAGAACUCGCCCGUCUUCAAGGACAUCACCACGUCAGACCCCGUCGGGCUCAACGAGAAGGGCCGCAGCGCCAUCCAAGCCCCAUUCGACCCGAAGGUGUGCGCCUCCACAAUGAAACUUGAAAAGAAUUACAUGUGCGGUGGAAACUUCUUUUGGAUAGGCUUGGAAGGCCUGAGUUCCCUGGGCGUGCCCAUCAACCCAUCCGCUAUCGAUAAGCUCCAGAAGAAGUAUUUCUCCAGGCCUGGGGUGUACCCCGACACUGUCGUCAUCGCCAUUCCCGAUAUGGCUUUCGAGCCCCUCGCACAUCGUGCCGCUCUGCAAUGCAUUUCUCCAGAUGAAAUGAAGAUCGCCUUCGUCAUGGCCCUUGCCAAACGCAUCAACGAUGGCGCCGAUGCGGAGAAGCUCAAAGCGUGGAAACACAUGGGCCUGACUGUAAGCAUGCACUUCAAAAUCCUCCCUUCCCAGGAUGAGGUCUACUUCGCCGUCUUGAAUAUGAGGCAGGAGGUCGUCGUGAAGUUUGAGACGCUCGCGCGCGCCGCCUACCAGUGGAUCUUCGAGAUUGUCGCAUUCAGGCAGCGCAUGAUCAAGGAGCUGGGCGGCAAGGACAACGGCGAGAAGGAGAAGAGCAUAUCGCCCAAGGUUGUGACGGAUCUGUUCAACAAGUACGCCGAGUCGGACGAGGGGUUAAAAUCUGCUCAGUCCAAUGAACAGGUCAACGAGGAGUUCGUGAGGUCCGCCAUCGCCGUAUACGAGAGGAUACUGCGCAUCUCUCAGGCCGCAGCGACGGUGUUGUGGUUCGAACACACGUAUGGCAUGAGUAGCCCCCUCGACUCCGUUUUCAAGCUGCAUCGCAUUGCCAAGCGGAUCAGAACCGACGACGUCCCUUGGGUGUUCGCGCAGAUGAGGGAUAUGCUGGAGUCGAAGCGCAUGGGCCCGAAGGAUUUCCCCGACACGGCCCUCGCGGGAACAGCUGCUGGUGGCGGGAGGGGACUCGUCGACCUGUACGUCCUCAAGAACGAUAUGCGCGUAUUCCUCAUCGGGUCUGAGGGCCAGCGGCUUGGGGUUGCAACGAGCAGUUUGACCGAGAUGCAGCGCCUCUUCUCCACCUUCGAGAUCUAUCGUGAAAAGGUGCAGCCGUUCACUGGCGAGACUGGGUCCCUUGAUCGAUCUUACCAGACUGGGUGGUCUAAGUCGAGCUUGCGUUUCAUGGGAUUCGUGGAGGAGGUUGUUUUCGGCGAGGCCUACGACGGCUACCUGAAGACCGGGUGCAGGGCUAGCAAGAGCCCAGCAGACAUUUUGGAGUAUCCGACCCUCGAUGCCCAGAUGGACAGCAUCGUGGCCAUGGUUGCGCAGGAGAAGGAGGCGGCUCAGAAGGAGCAUGCCGACAGCCUGCACGUGGCCGGUGGCCCUGGCGGCGGCGCGACCUCGAUCGGCGACGAGCAGCCUCAGACGGGUCAGGGCGAAUCGGACCGCGAGAUCACUCGACUCGCGGUGGAGCCGGAGAGCCAGGCCGAGCUGAAACGCGCGCUCCAAUCGAGCACCGCGGGCAAGAUGCUUGGCACGGCGCACAAGAACUACGUCGUCGUGGUGUUCGACGUGAUGUUUUGCGGCGAGAGCGACACUAAGCCGCGCGUCCGCAUUCCUCCAUGGCCAGCUUCUCGGGCUGAGAAGCUCGUUCAAGCCGCAUUGGAAUCGCGCUCCCUGUUAGCCGGCUACACGAGCACGCAAUUAGCCCCAGGGGAUUUCUUUCUCAUUUGCGAUGGUGGGGAGCACGGCAACUCGCACAAUAUCAAGAAUUUGUUCAAGGACGAGAACGGAGCAAACUACAAGCGCCGCUCCGCAUGCGUCAAAGUGAUCAAGAGCGAGACAGGCAUCACCGAUCGCUAUUCGGGUGCCAGGCGCGGGUGGGGAAGCAUCGCACAGGACGAAUACUUCUACGUGAUUGCCCUCGACAAGAUGAAGCUCCCGGUCCUCAAGCGCAAGCGCUUCGCCGGAACCAACAAGGGCAACGCGAUUGCGGACGUGCCUGUCCUGGCCGCGGACGCUUGCUGGACAUUGCCGCGGAGCAAGAAGUUCGAGGUCAUCGACAAGUGCGUCAUCCGCGUCGGCGGCAAGGAGGAGGACGACGAUUCGUCCUCUUCGGACGAGCCCGUCGAGGAGAGCCCGGCGGAGAAGAAGCGUAAAGUCGACCCGAACUUCCCGACCACCGUCUUUCAUCCUGAGAUGCCCCCCACCUUGGUCGAUGAGUUUGUCCACCCGUGCAACGUCAAGGGCGUCAUCGAUCUCGCGAUGGGCCCCGGCACGUGGGCGAAAGUGGCUGUGGAGCGUUCCAUCCCGUAUUUCGGGGUCGCGUUGUCGUCCUUCCACAAGACCUCCAUUUUUUCUCACCUGGAGGAUCACACGCGCUCGUUGGCGCAGAACGAGGCUAGCUUUUUGCACCUGGGAUGCCGCAACCCCGCCGCCAAGGCCAAGCCUGAGCCGAAGCCCAAGCCUAAGGCUAAGCCGAAGGCGAAGGCCGAGGCCAGCGCCCACUCUCCCGCGGCGAGCAGCGGCAGCGGCAGCGAUCAUGAGUGA